AUGCGCGAUGAUCUAACCGACAUUAUAAAUACAUGCUUGAAAGGCCAGUUGAAACAGCUACGAGAAGAAAUCAACGACGUGAAGGACUCGAUCUCGUUCACAAACGCUAUGUUUGAAGAGUUCAAAUCUGACGUCAUAUCUGCUAAAAGCACCAUGCACCAAGUCCAGAAGGAGAAUGAGGACCUGCGCGCCACCACGAGUAUCCUGCUUCAGCGUAUCCACCAGCUGGAGCAGCUCAGCCGCAUCUCCAAUCUCGAAAUCCAGUGCGUGCCCGAAACAAAAGGAGAGAACGCUGUUAGUUACGUCACUCAACUAGGUCACAUAAUUAAGUGUGAGAUACGUGAAACUGACAUCUCGUACUGCUCUCGGACUGCAAAGGCUAACCCACAAAGUACCCGUCCGCGCUCCAUACUGGUGAAGUUCCAGAGCUCACGCACCAGGGACUCAUAUCUAGCGGCUGCUAGCAAAUACAACAAAGAGAACCCUAACGAGAAACUGAACACCGCACUCCUUGGAAUCGCUCUGGAAAAGAAGUCUCCAGUUUACGUGGUCGAGCACCUGACCCCCGACACCAAGUCACUUCAUACUGCAGCCCGCCAGAAGGCCAAGGAGCUGGGUUGGAAGUACACUUGGGUCAAAAAUGGACGAGUUUUGAUGCGGAAGUCUGACAACUCCGAUUACGUGUUGGUACGUGAUAUUCAAAUGGUCAAUAAUUUAAAAUAA